AUGGCCUCGAAUGGCUUACCAGCGGGCGCAUUCCUGACCACGAUCGAGGGGCGGCGGUGUACGGCUGUUCCCCGAGUACAAUCCGCGACGGCAAUCGACGCAAACGGUUCCUCACAGUCUGCUGCGACAAACAGUCCCGUCCAGACAACGCCGAGUUCAACAUUGGCAGCGAUUCCGGUGGCAGGUGGAAACGCAGAUGCCAACCCCGUAGAAUCAGAUUCUACGCCUCCAGCGAGUACGACGAGCUCUUCCCCGGUCUUGCUCACUUCAAGCAUCCCCUCAAGCUCUGGCAUAAGCUUGGGGCAAGCCACACAGGAGCGUCAGUCAGGGCCUUCGGCACUCUUACCGACGCCUCCCGCUGCGGUUCUCCCGCCAGCUGGAGGCGCUACUCUCCAGUCCUUCACUAUCCUUACAGACGCUACGUCUUCACGAGAGGCAGAGCAAACGUCUGUGGUGCAGAGCAGUAAAGCUGAUAGCAGCGUAAUAGCGCCGGCGGUAGAUACCUCAAUCGCGCCCACUCCACCUCCACUGGUCCAAGGUCCAGCGGCAACCCCCCUUAGCACGACCAUCGAAUCGCCGCAGUCAUCAGGAGACAGCGGGGCGUUCGCAGCUCCAGAUGCCUCCUCAACGAACCCCGCUCUGACCGCGCUGCCCAGCGUAAAUAGCAAUGCAGUUCAGUCGACAGUGGCCGUGGCUGGCGGCGUCAUUGGUGGCGUUGUUGCCAUCAGCAUUCUCGCGUUUUUCAUCUGGUGGUGGAGACGAAAGCUACAUCGGAAGAGGAGAAGCACGCUUCUGACACCGCUCGACGCCGUUCCGUCCUUUGACCGGAACGAGAAAGGGGGCUACAUCAUCACCCGCGGUAGCAUAGGACCGACACCGGUGGCUGAGAAGGUCAAGAACGUGCUGGGGCAGAAUUUCAGGAGGUUCCAAGGUCACCUCCGUAACAAGACGGGCGGCAGUGCACCUUCUGUGAAUCUUGACCGGGGUACUUCGCAGUUCAUGGACCCGAAGGGCACACGCGGUCCAGCAAAUUCGGGCAUCGUUGGGAGUCGGGUGACAACGAAGGAUCGUUUCACGGACUGGUGGUCACGGCUCACGGCGGAUAUGACCUUCAACUGGCGUCUGCGCGCCAAGCCUGUUGCGACGGGCAAUAUGACGGCGGGUAUCACUCAGGAGAAGAGCCCAGCCGUUGGUGCCCAACCCGAUUUCUUGACCCUGCUCAACAUGGACGACCGCGAGCUGGACCGAGAAGCCCAGAGGCGACGCGCGAGUAUUUCACGCAAGAACGGCAGCGACGGCUUCCUAGGCGGGCUGAACCUCAACUUUGGCAGCAGCCCAGGGGAUAACCCCUUCAGCGACACAAAUGCCAUCGCUCACACCUCAGCCAAGCCCGCGCCGCUCGCAAUCGGUGGUGGUCAGCCCCUCAAUCCCUUCAGCGACGCAAAUGCCAUCCGCGAUGCCACGAUGCCUCCUCCAAAGCCGAGCACCUACGUGGCUGACAUUCGCCGCUCUCGCGGCCACUCGGUCAGCACCAGCCGGCAACCGAGUACACUGUAUUACUACACCAACCGUGACAGCAUCUACUCGGCAGUUGGCGGCGGCCGCGGCAGCGUGGGUGCAGGCGACGACGACAGCAACAACUUCCGCAACAAGUUCCGCUCCGACCCGUUUGACCUUGAGCGCACCAUCAGUAAUAACAAGAACGGCGGCAGCGUGAUAAGUAGCACUGCCGGCGUCGCCGGCAGCGAGGCCAGU